GAAGCAGGAAACCUCGUCCCUGGACCACCUGCCACCCAGAGAAGCCUCCGUGGAAACCCACAGCCACUGUUAUCUCCAGAGAGGAAGGUCCACCCUGUUCCUGUUCGGCAGACUGAACAAAUAAAAAGCUUUUUGUAAACUACAACAGGGAUCACACCCCAGAUACUCUCCUGUCCCCGCAGAGACGAGGACUAGACGGUGUUUUUAAUGGACGUGAACGUAGAAAGUAUAUCUGUAGUGACGGAAAGCCUGUUUAUUUUUAUUUUUCAUUUUAAUGUUUAGCUGCAUUUGAAACGAACGCCUUUAAAUUAAAGGUUGUACAAAAUAAAAGAAAGCAAAAGAAAGGCGCACGCGGCGGGGCGCACCGUGUGAGUGACAGGCGCCGCCGCCGCCCACUGGCGGGCGAGCCAGGUGACCUCAUCGUGUCGCGUGCGUCGACGAGUCGGCACAACGCUGCCGAGAGCGCGCGGAGGCGCGCCGAGCCGAGCCGAGCUGAGCGAUGCCAUGCUCCCAUCGAGGAGAACGCAGAUGGACAGCCUGGUUCAGCCGCUCGUCGCCCAGUACCUCGCCAUGGGCUGUCAAUCAGGAGAGAAGAAACCCAACGAAAGUACGACACCGGACGAGAAGGGGAAGGACGACGCGAGAGCGUCUCCAGGAUGCAUCUCCAGGUCUAGAGUUUCUCCUCCGGGCCGACCUCACAGGUUCCACAAGCCCGGCCCGGCCCAAAGCGCCCCGGUGAAGUCCAUGAUGCCCCUGGGUCCCCUCACCAAGGGGGGGAGCUGGGAGGACCUCAUCCAGGCCUGUCUGCAGUGCUUCGACUCGGACGGCGGCGUGUGCGGAAGCGGCCACCUGUUGAACAUCACCCUGGCCAUGCACCGUAUCCACAUCUCCUCCUGUGAGCUGCUGGACAAACUCGCCACCCAAUUCCAAAAAGCGCUUGACAAUGAGCAGCCGACCGAGUGCCAGAGGAUAUGCUACCUCAUCAGGCACUGGAUCCAGGAAUUUUGGAUGAUGUUCCGGUUGCACCACAGCUUGUCAGACCGCCUGGACCAGUUCCGUGAGCUGAUCAGGGAGCAGGGACAGGAGCAUCUUUGCUCCCUCCUCGAGACCAAAUUCAUAAGUGAACGGGACUGGUCGUGGAAGGCGAGCCAGAAGAUUAAAGCUAACAGCAGUAAAAAAAGGAAGGUCUCUCUUCUUUUUGAUCACCUGGAGCCCAUUGAGCUGGCUGAGCAUCUCACCUUCCUGGAAUUCAAGUCCUUCUGCAGGAUAUCAUUUGUAGACUACCAGAAUUACAUUAGAAGCUGCUGCAUGAAAGACAUCCCCGUGAUGGAGCGUUCCAUCGCCCUGUGCAACGGAAUCUCCCAGUGGGUUCAGCUGAUGGUGCUGAGCAGGCCGACCGCUCAGCUGAGAGCGGAGGUUUUCACCAAGUUCAUCCACGUUGCAAAGAAUCUACACAUCAUGCACAAUUACAACACACUAAUGGCGGUGGUGGGAGGGCUUUGUCACAGCUCCAUCUCCAGACUGAAGGACACCACCUCACACGUUCCCAGCGAGGUCACCAAGGUACUGAACGAGAUGACGGACAUGCUGUCGUCCUGCCGCAACUAUGACAACUAUAGACAAGCGUACAGCAGGUGCACAGGUUUCAAAAUCCCCAUCCUGGGCGUUCACCUCAAAGAUCUGAUUUCGGUCAACGAGGCCAUGUCGGACUACGUGGAGGACAGCAAGGUGAACGUCCAGAAGCUCCAGGCGCUGUACAGCCACAUUAACGAGCUGAUCCAGCUCCAGCUGAUUCCUCCCAGGCUGGACGCCAACAAGGACCUGGUCCACCUGCUGACGCUGUCCUUGGACCUUUACUACACCGAGGACGAGAUCUACGAGCUGUCGUACACCAGAGAACCCAAGAACUGUAAAGCCCUUCCACCCACCCCCUCUAGACCUUCAGUGGUUGUGGACUGGGCCCGAGGAGUGGCUCCCAAACCGGACCCCCGAACCAUCAGCAAACACGUGCAGAGAAUGGUGGAUUCGGUGUUUAAGAACUACGACCACGACGAGAACGGCUUCAUCUCUCAAGAGGAAUUUGAGAAAAUCGCUGCUAGCUUUCCGUUUUCCUUCUGUGUCAUGGACAAAGAGAAGGAAGGCCUGAUCAGCAGAGCGGAGAUCACGGCUUAUUUCAUGCGGGCGAGCGUCAUCUGCUCCAAACUGGGUCUCGGCUUCGUCCACAACUUUCAGGAGACCACUUACAUGAAACCAACGUUCUGCGACAACUGCUCCGGCUUCUUGUGGGGCGUCAUCAAGCAAGGCUACAAAUGCAAAGACUGCGGGAUGAACUGCCACAAGCUGUGCAAGGAGCAGGUGGCGUUUGAGUGCAAGAAGAACGCCAAAGUGACCGGCGCCGUCGACAGUCCGACGCCGCCGAGCUCCGCCCCGGUGACCACGGCCGCCUCAGAGGGCUCAGAAGAAUGUCCUUUCCCCUACCCGCCGGACGGCGGCAAAGACGGGAGCCCCGGGUCCCCGGUCCCCUCCUAUCCGAGGCCUCGUCAGGUCCACAGCGCCACCCAGACGGAGGGACCCCACCCGUCCCCCACCGGGACCCGCCGGCCCCCUCUGCUGGUCCCGGCACCGCCGCCGCCGCCGCCUCUCUCCUCGUGUCCCAGCCCGCUGCCCCAGAGGAAGCAGCGACACUGCGCCAAGUGGGAAAACGGAGCGUCGGUGGCGCGGAGGCCCAGAGGGCCGGACGGGGAGAACAAACCCGGCUGCGAACCUCUGGAAUCGGACGACGAGAGGCUGCAGGAAACCAACGGGACACUACUGAGGAAGCUGAAGGAGGCAGAGAGGGAGGUGGAGAUACUGAAGACGCUGCUCAAGAGGCACGCUCUCCACCACGUGGAGGAGGACUCCUCCUCCUAGGAGCACGCCGGCGGCGGCUAGAGCGCCACUGCCCCCUUGUGGCGAGGGGGAGCACGUAUAAAUCUGGUUGGUGAUAACCAGUGAAAGGAUUUGGCUUUAGGUCUGGUUGAGUAGGAUCUAGAGCGCAUUGGCUAUUCAAGGUGUUUUAAAGCUAGUGGUAUACAGCCAAACAAGCAGGCCAAUCAUUACGUCACCAGUAAGGAGGUCAAGAACCUUCUCGAGGACUAUCGAUUUUUUUGGAACCAGCGACAGUCUAUAGUGCCCGAAAAGCCAUUAGCAAUGCUGAGGUGUUCUCUUUAACGAGGCUUCGAGGGAGCAGGAGGACUCGACUGUUUUGUACAGUUUGCAGCAGAAUGGAAAGCGUUGCGAUGAGCAUUAAUCACUUUUUUUUAGUGAACCAGCGAGAAAGGGGUUCACUAUGUCAAAGCUGGGUGAGUAUUUAAGAGGAAGAACAGGGCAGAGUGUGUUCGAUCAGUUCUUGAUUAAUAAUGAGAUUAGAUAUUUAUAUUAAACAUGAAAUGGAAAUUCAAGAGUUUUUAACGUGUUUAUCACAAGUGCAACAUGAUUAUUAUUAUUAUUGUUAUUAUUAUAAUCAUGAACCACGAGUGGCCCCUGAUUGAAGCAGCAGAAUGAAGGCUGGAGGCGUCAUAAGUACAGAACUAUUGUUGCUCUGCAUCAUAGUCCCUGUUCAUGCCGAUGCACGAGAUGUUGUCAGUGCUUCUGUUAAUAUUUAUUGUAUUUAACACUACACAGGUCAUGUCGGGAGUGACAGAAAUUGACAUUUUGUAGAGCAUACUGGUACUUUCUGUGAAGUAUUUAUGCUUGUGUGUGUUACUUUGCAUCAUAUUGAUUUGCAUUUAUUGUUGUUGUGCAGCCAUGUCACCUUAUUGCUGUGUGGCCUGUUGUGUUAAACUGUGAGUCAAGCUACAUGGGUUUGUAGGGUGUGUAAUGUGCUGUAAAUACAAAGUAUACACAUGGUCAUCCUAAUUGAGUUAAGCGUCAUUCUUUUUCUCAGCAUUGUUGUUUUAUCGUGAUAAUAAAUACUGUAUUAUAUGUAAAAA